AUAAACGCGCAUAUUAGAACUAUAAAUAAUCUCACACGCGAACUAACAUUGCAGAGACCCGUGAGAUAAACAUGUUCUAAGAAUCGACAAACACCAGGAAGGGACAGAGCAACUGUUGCAGAUUCUGAGGCCCCUAGCAUGGUGCGACUUAAUGUUACCGAACAGCAAAGUAGCCGUAACCUUACAGCCAGCAACAAUAACAGCCACGUCACCGGCAGCAGCCACAAUGCGGCCAGAUGCUCUUCCUCAACAUCGUCCACGACGAGUCUGAAUAGCAGCUCCAACUCGAAGGCCGCCUCGCCAGCCGGCAAUAUCGUAAUGGUGCAGAAUACACCGCUUCCAGCAUCGCAGCUACAUUCGCAGCCGGCGCCGCAGCUGGCAACACCAUCGCAGUUGCAGUUGCAGUUGCAACAGCAGCAGCAGCAGCAGCAACACGCCGCAGCGGACGGCAGUUCCAGCAACUGCUCGCUGCCAGCGUCGCCGCCACUGCUGCAGCAGACGGCGACACCGCCUCAGGGUGCCCAGAUAGUGCCGCCAGUCUGUGCGCUGCACCAUCCGCAGCAGCAGCUGGCUUUGCUGGCGGCCAUGCAACACCAUCACCAUAUGCUGCAGCCUCCGCCGCCGUCCAACAAUGGCAUGGGGCACCAUGGGCCCAGCCCGGCAGCAGCGCACGAGCAGCAGUCCCAGGCACAGCCCCACGAGAACGGACACGGCGGCAUCUCGCCCAACGGCAGCUCUGGGGACUCCUCGGCCAGCAGCGUGAGCAGUGUGUCGAGCAAUAGCGGAGCUGGCGGCAGCCAGGGAAAUGGCGCAAGUAAUGGCACCAAUGGCAUUGGACCGCCAGUUGCAGCAUCGCUGCCUCCGGGGCCGCUAUAUAUUCAAUACCCGGGCGAUUUCUUUCCAUCGGAAUACUACAUUGCACCGCACCCGCACGAGGGUAUCUGUCCACAGCAUCCACACCAUCCGCACGCGCAUCAGCAUCAUCACCAGCCCAUGUGCGCCAUCUCGGCGGAAUAUGGUCCCACGGCUGUUCAAAUGGUGUCCCACAACCGCCAGCCGCCGACGAUGACGAUGCCGGUGCAGGUGCCACCAUAUGUAAAUGAGAAUGGAACACUGACCCAUGUUGUGCUGCCUCCGCAGCAGUACCAGCAGUUGCAUACCGGACAGGGCCAUCUGCAUGCAGCGCCAUUUAUAAGCAGCAAUGGCACAUCGCAUUUUUAUACGCCGCUGCCUGGCUAUCCUCCAGGUCCUGGGCCAGCUGGCAAUGGGCCGCCUCACUAUCAUAUGCCACCGCCGCCGCCGCCACCAGGCGCCCAGCAGCAGCCCACGUCUGCGGCGGGCGGCGGAGUGCCUCCGCCAACGCAACAGCCGCAUUUACAUUCCCCGCACUCGCCAUCACCACCCCACUAUAGGGACGAGCGCAGUCAGCGGCAGCACAUGAAGAUGCUGCGCAGGUUGGAGAAGUGGCGCGAGCUAAGAAACUCCACCAUGUCCACGCCUACGCACUCGCCCUCUCCGCGACGCAGUGACACCAAUGGGCAUUACAACAACAACAGCAACAGCAACAUUCCAGGAGCACAGCAGCAGCACAACACUCACAUGCACAACCAUGGACGCCACGUGCCACACCAACAGCAGCAGUCGCAGCAACAGCAACGCAACGCGGCCGUUCUGAACCCAACUGGGCAGCAGGGGGAAGUUGCCACGGGGAGCAAUGCGGGCGGUACCAGCUCAGUGGGCACAUCUGACGAUGGUGAGGACACUUCGAACUUGGCCCCCGAAGAUGAGGAGGACUACAAAGCCCUGAUUGUGGAACAGAUUUCGGCCAUCGAUAAGCCGGAGGUAAUCGACGUUAGUUCGCGCACCGCAAAAAUCAUUUGGGUCCCGCCGUCCAUCACGGACGCGCUGCUGGUAAACGUGCGAGACCUGCGCUACCAAGUGCUACUUAGUGACACGGGAAAACAAUGCAAGUACAAAAGUCUCUACCGCGGAGAGGCAUACGAGUGCAUUGUCCAGGAUCUACAGCCAGGGCAGGAGUAUUUGGUGCGGCUGCAAGUGCACUAUCAGCAGCUGCAAGGCAGCGUUAGCGAGCCCGCCGAGUUCAAGACGCCCGCUUGCGAGCCGGAUCAGCCGCUGCCGCCGAAGCUGGUGUCGCGCACCAAGAGCUCUAUUAAUUUGCGAUGGACCGCGCCGGCGGCCAACGGUGCGCCCAUUCAACACUAUCUGUUGGAUUACGACGAGGGGCGUGGCAAUGCUUUGCAGUUCGUGGAACUGGCCAAGGUCCGAGCCAAGCAUUACGUGCUAAACAAGCUGCAGGCGACGACCGUCUAUAGCUUCCGCCUGGCCGCCGUUAACGAGGUCGGGCAGUCAGCGUACUCGCAGGUGACCAGCUAUAGUACAGCCGGCAAUCCGCCCACAGCGCCCAUGGCACCCCAGCUGCAAGCCUGCAGCGCCAGCUCGCUGCACCUCGUCUGGGAUCGGCGGCCCCAGGAUGGCGACUUUCUGCUGCAGCUGCAGGAUGCCGAGUCCGGACAUGGUUACCUGAACAGCUACAAGGGAGGCGACACCCACUAUGAGUGCCUGCAGUUGCGCCGCGCCACCAGCUAUCAAUUUCGUUUGCGCACUGAAAACGAUGCCGGAGUUUCGCCCUGGUCCGCGGAGGUCAAUUACAGUACGGCUGCAGAACGCCCUGGGCGACCGGGAAAGCCGCAUGCAAAGGGCAAGAUACACGGGACACACUUCAAGGCGCGUUGGGAGCCACCUGCGGACACGGGUGGAUCCGAUAUAUUGCGCUACCAUCUGGAGCUGAGUGCCGGACCCAGUUUCGAGCGCAUUUACUCUGGCAGUGAGACCGAGGCUAUGUGCGAACGCCUUCAGCCGGGCAUCACGUACCAGUUACGUGCCUGCUGCGAGAGCCCCGCCGGUCAAAGCCCGUUCUCGGAGAUUGCACAUGUGACCACGGAAGCAGUGCCACCGGGCGCUCCGCCACAGCCUCAGUGCGAUGCACCACCAACACCUUACGCGGCUCUGCUAAGGCUAACCCAUCCUGAGAAUAAUGGCGGGGCACCAGUUCUCGAGUUUGAGGCGCAACUCCGCUGCCUGGACAUAUUAGAACAGACGCCAGCGCAGCCGCCACAAACCGUAUAUCGCGGCAAACAGGACUUCUUUGUGGCACAGCAGCUGGCGCCAGGUGGUCUCUACGAGGUGCAAGCGCGUGCCAUUAAUCGCGUCGGAGCGGGCAAUUGGUCUCAGUGGCUGCGCUUUACAGCCGCCGCAGCACCACCCGGUCCGCCCAAUGCGCUCCAAGUGCUGGUCAAGUCCGCCACACAUUUAAGCGUCAAUUGGCAGCCGCCUGCGCAGCUCAAUGGAUCAGCCGUCAGUGGCUACACCUUGCAGAGCGCCAGCCAGCAGCUGGAUGAGCCGCAAGUGGAGCCGCCAAGCACACAGUUCAACGGUUGCUACCAGGGUCAGCAAACCUUCGUGGAGCUGCGCAAUCUGACGCCCUACACGCGCUAUUACCUACGCGUGCUGGCCAGCAAUGCAGCCGGCACGGGACCUGCCACGGACGUGGUGUGCGUCUCAACGCCCGCCGCAGUGCCGGGCGCGCCGCAAAUGCAAGGCUACGAGUUCACCGCCACGGAGGUUACACUGAACUGGACGGAGCCGGCCUCGCAUGGCGCUGCAAUCUGCAGCUACAAUAUUGAGUACGGCGAGCGGACGAUUGCCACACCCGAUGCCUGUACGCGAUACACGGUAGUUGGGUUAACACCGGAGACCAGUUACAAGUUCCGCGUGCAGGCGGUAAACGCGAUAGGCGCCGGAGUUUUCAGUGCUUAUGCCAAGCUAACGACGCAGCCAGCGCCACCAGCUCCGCCCAGGCUGGAAUGCAGCGGUUCUGGCCACAACUACAUAAAGCUUAAGUGGAGCGAAAGCGGCAAAACCGGCGGACUUAACGCUGUGGCAAGCGGUGGUGCCGGCGGCCCUAUCGGUGCUGGCAAUACGGAUUUCACCAAGUACUACGUGGAGAUGUAUGUGGCAAGAGCGAAACAGUUUCAGACGGUCUACUCGGGCACCAACUGCAUGUGCAAGAUCCACAAACUGCAGGAGCGCAGCAGCUACACAUUCCGCAUCUAUGCGCACACAGACCGCGCCGGCGACGGCGAAUACUCCGAGGAGUAUAUAUUCGAGACGAGCGCCACGCUGCCGGCCAAUAUUAAGGCGCCGCGCGUGGUGCACGAAAGCGUCUGCCUGCUGGACCAGGCCAGCCAGCCUCUCAUGCAGCUGACUCUCGAGUGGCAGCACUCGAAGAACAGCUUCAACGAUCGCGUCGAGUACGAGCUGCAGUAUGCUAUUGUCGCCUCCUCCGACCCAGACUCUUCCAGCUCGCUCAAGGCGCGCAGCACUAGCGGCAGCAGCAGCAGCAACGGGCCCAAUGUGGCCUUAAGCAACCUGGACUACAGACAGCUGUAUCGCGGACCAGAGACCAAGUUCACCAUAGACAAUCUGACGGCGGGAACGUGCUAUCAGUUUCGGGUGUGCCCUGUGCGUGUCACCUCCGGCGGAGAGCUGCUGCACGGCCAAUCUUCGAUGGCACUGCGCUAUCAAGUGCCCAGCGAGCUGGACGCCAGCUCUGCUUCCUGCCAUCAUCUGCAUGGGUCCACAGCAGCUCCAAAUCAGGCAACGCAGCGCUCUAGCCGCAAGCUGUUGGAAACUAACGGCCCCUCCGGCGGGCUGCAUCAGCGCUCGGUUAGCGCCUCGGCUAUUAGCGGCAACAGUGGAGUUGGCGCUGACGCUCAGGCGAUUGGCCGGCUUCAGCAUGAGCUGUCGGCCGCUGGAUUCAAUGCUUGUGCCGAUCCGCUGCAUCAUCACCAUCAUCAUCAUCAUCACCAUCAUCAACAGCAUCAAGCGUGCCCCGGUGAGGCAACCGCAUCAAGUCUGGCUUCUCCAUCCGCCUCCGGCUUGCAACUGCGCGGCAACAGCAGUGCCGUUCAUCACAUGCACCACCAGCACCACUUGCACCACUCGCACCACAUGCAUCAUACGCAUUUCACGCACGCCUCCGCCGCCGUUAUGGGUGCUCCAAGCAACAGCAGCAACUGCAGUGUACCACAUGGCGGCGUCCUUAGACGGUUCGCCUCCUGGCUGACGGCGCUCUACUACAACAGGAAGCGGCUGACGGACCAGCAGAAGGCCGUCUUCUUCGUGGUUUCGUUCGUAUUUGUCACCUUCCUGGUUGCCAUGCUGGUGCACAUGCUUUGUGGCUGAGCUGGUGGUCACGGCGAACGCGACUCCACACUGUAAAGGUUAACAAAAAUCCCACUUGGUGUCUCAAAAAAGUGAUUUCCAUUGACUAGCUGUAAAUCACUUGCAUUUGUUUUCUUUUUUUAUUUUUUAUAUGUAUGUAUGUAUAUAUAUAAAAAUCAAUUGUACAUCUCCUAAAUAUAAAAAGGAAACAACACACACACUCACACACAUACAUUCAAAAACAAUUCGUAAUUACAUUAAUACGAUUAUAUUGAAUCUACACAAUUAACAUUCUUAAGAACCUUUUAUUUACACCUGCAAAUAUUGAUGGCUCGAGGAAAGUGCAUCAAUGUUUCCUUACGGAACGAAACAUUUCUUCAUUUAAAUAUAUAUAUAUAUAUUUGUAUUUAUUUAUGUAUGUGACUUACCACAUAUUUAAUCAAUUACACACAAGCAUACUGUAUACUACACACAAAAAUCUCCAUAUGUGCUAUAGCAUUUUGUGCAACAAAUUCUCAAUGUACAUAAAACAAAACAAACAACAAAACUAAGCUUAAAAAGUACGUCUAAAAACCUUUACAACGCCUAUUUUAAUGUUUACUGCAUUGUUGUUGCGUGUAUAUAUAUAUACACACAUAUAUAUAUACUUAUAUAUACAUGGAUGUAUGUGUAUGUAUGCACUAUAAAUAUUUAAACGAGUUAUAAACAAUGAAUACCGAAAAUUAUGAAUUUACGAGACUAUGUUUCAGAUCAUAGUAUAAAACUGAUAACAAGCAUUACUCUAUGUGUGUGUGUUUGCAAAUGUAUAUGUAUCUAUAUAUCUAAAAACUAACCAACUAUGCAAACAAUUAUAAAUUAUAUCUUUAGUGCUGUACAAUUGUUCUCGAUAGCCAAUCGAUGGAUGCACAUAGAUCCACAGCCCAUUCCGGACUGUUGACAGUCGGGUGGAACGGUGUCCAUUUCGAGCUAGUUUAACAGACGCUUCUUUCAUUCUCUCAAACUUUCCAUGUGAAAUAUAAAACACAAUUUAUUAUUAUUAUAAACCUAAAUAAACAUCGAUGACAUAUAUAAAAAAAAAAAGAAAAGAUAAAGAUAUCGUAGCAUACAAUCCAAUUAUACCAGAGCUUACAUGAAUUAUAUCGUGUUAAUGGCGGAACAUUUGUUGGUUAUUAUUGACCCUAUGCUACGGAGAUUUUGCGACCCCAGCUAGGCAAAGCUCUCGUUUAUAAAAAAACACAAUAUACAAAAAAAAAAAAGAAGAAAAUACACAAUACAAACAAAU